AUGAGAGUCCCAUCAUUAUCCGCAUCGCUGCUGCUGCUGCUACCCGCGCAAAGCGUGACGGCAACCUCCCACCACAGUGACGAUGCAUUGACCGUGCACACCAGCACGGGCAGUUACACCGGCCUCUACAACCCUUCCUACCCCUCCGUGCGUGAAUUCCGGGCCAUCCCCUACGCCCAACCCCCCGUAGGCUCCCGCCGCUGGCAGCCCCCUCACUCGCUCCCGGCCUCCAACCAACACCACAAUGCCACGCAAUUCCCGCCUGCCUGCUCGCAGUACGUGUACCGGGGCCCCUCGGUCUUCGGCACCCUGGUCCCGGAAUUCCUCAUCUCCGACGAACCCGACCAAAACUCCACCGCCGCGGCGAUGGCCCAGCACAGCGCCGAAGACUGCCUGCACCUGGCCAUCUGGACGCCCGCCAACGCGACCGCGGCCUCUAACCUGCCCGUGCUCGUCUUCUACAGCGGGGGGCAAUUCCGCACCGGCGGGAUCCGCGUCCCCUACCAGCUGCCGGCCGCCUGGGUCAACCGCACCCAAGACCACAUCGUCGUGACGACCAACUACCGACUCAACAUCAUGGGCUUCCCCAACGCCGCCGGCUUGUCGGAUCAAAACCUGGGGAUCCUCGACCAGCGCGCCGCCCUGGAAUGGGUCCACGCGCACAUCCGCGAGUUCGGCGGCGACCCGUCGGCCAUCACGCUAUGGGGCCAAUCCGCCGGCGCCAUGAGCGUCGACUACCACACCUACGCCUUCGCGGAGAACCUGCUAGCGCGCGCAACCAUCUCACAAUCCGGGACCGCCCUCAAAACCACCCCGAGCCUGGACACCAGCCACUCGAACUUCACCUUCGUGGCCAAAAACCUCGGGUGCGAUUUCCCCCAUCACCCGCAGAAGGAACUCGAGUGCAUGCGCCAGGUCCCCGUGGACACGAUCCAGAAUUUCAUCGGCCGCUACGGCGACGCCAAGACCGUCCCCACGAUGACCUUCGCCCCCGUCGCGGACGAGAAGAUCAUCUUCGCGGACUACCCGGCGCGCGCGGCGAAGGGACUCAUCGCGAAGACCCCUGCGAUUAUCUCGAACUGCGCGAACGAGGCUGCUGCGCUCUACACUUUCCCCAGCAGCAAUCUGACGGCUGGGCCGUGGCAGGAGGGGGUGAAUACGGUGACGCUGCGCGAUUGGCUGUGUGUGAGUGCGAACACGAGCGUGGUGCGGCAGCGCGCGGGGUUGAAGACGUAUCGGUAUCAGUUUGCGGGGAAUUUUAGCAAUGUGAGUCCGUUGGGGUGGAUGGGGGCGUACCAUUCGAGUGAUUUGACGAUGAAUUUUGGAACGUUUGGGAUUGUGCGCGGCAAUGAGACGACGGGGGAGGAGGUACGGACUAGCCAGGUGAUGCAGGAUUAUCUGCUGGCGUUUGCGAGGGAUCCGGUGCAUGGGUUGGAGGAGAAGGGGUGGACUGCGUUUGAUACGGAGGCCGUGGGGGGUGGGGUCAUGAAGAGGUUUGGAGCGCAGGGGGUUGCGGAGGUGGAUGUUGAGGGUGAUGAGGUGCAGGGCGCUUGUUGGGGGGAGGGGGCGUAUGAUCCCUUUCCUUAG